AUGAUGGACAAGAUAAACAGAAACCGAUCAACAUGGCCCUGCGUCUUCUGUCCUUGUCGCACUCAUGCAAACCUGCGCGCGGGUAGGAGGCGGCGCUGGGCGGGAGGCGCUAGCCGCUCCGCUGUGGAGAUGGCAAUUUUUUGUGUAUACAGUAUUGUCAAUGAAGGGACGGGUAGGGGCGUACCGAUUCAGGAUCUCGUCUCGCACACCGCACUCAGUCAGUCACUGCAGGCGGCUGCGCUGAGCACGCGCACAUGUUGCACGACGCGCUACACUGUCCGAUCUCAACCC